AUGGGUGGUAAUGGAAAGCACAGGUGGAGGAUCUCCUUCCACCGCUCCAACUCCUCCGCAAAGCAGCCGCCCAAAGAGUUCAUCUGCCCUAUCUCCGGCUCCUUGAUGUCCGACCCGGUCAUCGUCGCCUCGGGCCAGACAUUCGAGCGCCGCUCCGUGCAAGUCUGCCGCGAAUUCGGCUACGCCCCCGAGCUCCCCGACGGGACCCGACCCGAUUUCUCCAAUUUAAUCCCCAACAUGGCCAUCAAGACCACCAUCCUCAAUUGGUGCGACCACAACCACGCCGACCGCCCCCAGCCGCCCGAUUUGGCCUCCGUCGAGAAGAACGUCCGAUUGCUGAUGGAGGAGAGCAAGGUCGACGAGGGAAUUAGGGUUUCCGAGAGGGAAUUGCUUAGAGGAGUCGCCGAGCGGCCGCCGGUUAUGUUCUCCCACGCCAACACCGAGCUCGGCCGCGGCCGCGUCGACCAUUUCUACUCCAGCUCGUCGGAAGAGUCCGUCGUUGUCGCCUCCGCGGCGGGAAGUCCGUACACUCCUUUACCCUUCGCGACAAGGCCGUCUUGUUACUCUUCCUCCCCUUCUUCUUCUGAAAUAGAAUUGGUGGGCGAGUUCGAAUCACUGAGUACUAAUUCCAAUGCAACGAUCAUUUCGAGUCCGGAGGAGGAAGAAUUGAUGAUGAAGCUGAGCAGCUCCGUGAUAGUCGAGCAAGAAGAGGCGGUGAUUUCGCUGCGGAAGCUGACGAGGACGAAAGAGGAGCUGAGGGUUUCGCUCUGCACGCCGCUGCUGCUCACAGCACUCCGAUCUCUGAUAGUCUCGCGCUACAGCACAGUCCAAGUCAACGCCAUGGCCUCGCUGGUCAACCUCUCGCUGGAGAAGCCGAACAAGGUGAAGAUCGUGCGGUCAGGAUUCGUCCCGCCUCUCGUCGACGUUUUGAAGAACGGGUCCAGCGAGUCGCAGGAGCACGCCGCCGGCGCGCUGUUCAGCUUGGCAUUGGAAGAAGACAACAAAAUGGCUAUUGGAGUCCUCGGCGCUUUGCCUCCGCUCAUGUACGCGCUGAUAAGGUCCGAGAGUGAGCGCACGCGCCACGACGCGGCGCUGGCGCUCUACCACCUGACGCUGGUGGAGAGCAACCGAGUGAAGCUGGUGAAGCUCAACUCGGUGCGGACGCUUCUGGCGCUGUCGAAGGCGCCAGGGUCGGCGGGGCGGGUGCUGUUGAUACUGUGCAACCUGGCGAUCUGCGGCGAGGGGAGGUCGGCGAUGCUGGACGCGAACGCGGUGGAGUGCUUGGUGGGGAUGCUGAGGCGGGACGAGUUGGACUCGGAGUCGACGCGCGAGAACUGCGUGGCGGCGCUGUACGCGCUGAGCCACGGGUCGAUGAGGUUCCUGGGGCUGGCGAGGGAGGCGAAGGCGGUGGAGGUGUUGAGUGAGAUUGAGAAGAGAGGGAGCGAGAGGGCGAGGGAGAAGGCCAAGAGGCUGUUGAUGAUCAUGAGAGGCGGCGGCGGAGGGAGGCCGGAGGAGGGUGGGAUGGACUGGGAGGGGGUUUUGGAUUCGGGUACGGGUGGUGGCCUCGGCGGGUCCCGGUACCGAGUUGGGCCGGGUAGGAGCUUGCAUGCUGCCAACUCAACGACCUUUUAGUAUUUUUAAUUUUUGGUUAGGUGUUAGGGUUGUAAAUUAUUGUUUCAGUGAUGGAAAUGGAAACUAAUAAGAAAUAGAAAAUGUAAUAUUUGGUGCUGAGUCGUGACUCGGUACUGAGUUUGACCGAGUUGGUUUGGUGGUUGAUAUCAUGAAAAUGGGGGUUGUGAACAUUACUGGGUGGGGAAUGUUCUUUGCUUUUGUUCUUUAUCUUUUUUGUGCUUUUUGGAUUAGUGUUUGUAAUUAGGGGUUUAAAGAUUUUGGGAUGCAAAUUAUGCAUAUAAAUGGUUCCAAAAUAUUGAUUGGAUAAGGCCCUGAUUAAGGGACAAUUUGAGAUUGUA